GACAUAUUUAUUUUUUGGGUUAGGUUGGUAGAACUGUAGAAAAUAAAAGUUACGAAAAUACAACUGUUUUCUUUUUUGUUUAAUUUAAUUUAACGCUUUUCAUUCAUUUUUAAGUUUUAUUUAACAUCAACAUCGUGAGUUAACGAAAUUGUUGCAUUAAAAAAACAAGCACUUUUCGUCCAAAUUGUCGGAAAAUAAUAAGAAACUACUAAAAUAGCCUGCUUCCCAAUGGCCACUGUCCAAGAAUUUGAAACUUUAGACGAAGAGGUUCGCGAGCUAAUUCAAAAUUAUAAACAUAAAAGAGCUACUGCCUACGAGCCCUGUACAGUUAAAAACAUAAAGGAAUGUUUAAUUGGCCUCAGCGAAGAGUUUGGGUUGCUUAACAUAAGCUACAUUUUCAAUCCGUAUAUAGACUUUUCCGAAAACACUAUAGAUUCGGACGCCUUAGUGAAGCUUGUUAACUCCAUGUGGACUUUAUUACAAAAACACAAAAAUGUUGCCCAAAAAGCUGAUGAUUUAGAGGAACGGAAUCAUAUCUUGGAACAUAAUAAUAAGCAACUAAACGGGCUAGUGACAAGAUUGAAAGAAAAGAUAAGCUCAGAGAAGAAUGAGUCCAAGGCCUGCGUUGCAUCAGCACAGAGGAUAUCUGACCACUCUGAUGAAGUGGUACACAAAAUGACAGACAUGCGUGCCAAAUUGUUACAAGUUACCAAACAAAAGGAAGCUAAUGAAAGAAAACUACACAAUGAAAUAACUAGACUUAAACUACAAAAUGAUAAACUCACUGAUCGACUUAGGAAUAAAGAUCUUCACACUCAUCCUACCAAUGCAUCACAGGCUAUGUGCAAAACUAUGAAAUCGGAACAUGAUGAUUAUGUUAAGCAUUUAAAGAGAAUAAUAAGCAAAUUGGAAAAUAACAAUCAAAUGUUAUUACAAGAAGUUCUCAAACUCAAAGAAGAACUCAUUUUUAGAGGAAUGGACCAGUUCACUUUGGAUAAUGGAAAGAAUUAAACUCAUCAAACACUUAUUUUAACAUAAGUUACCAACAAGAGCUGUGACAUUUUUUUU